AUGCGCAUAGUAUCAAUAUUUUUUUCCGUUUAUGGUGCAGAAAAGCACAUUCCUUCGCUUUCAUUGAACAUGGGCAUCAGAGUAACUACGGAAAAGCUCUCCAAUGAAUCCAAAACAGAAUUGAAAUACAAAUCGGGCAAAAAGGUCUUGGAAAUCAAGCUAAUGAGUACAGUUGAAUCAACUAGUCGCGUGAACGGAAUCAACGAUCAGUUUCAUCUGAUCAAUAAAAGCGUUAUUCAGUUCAAAAGCAAUACCAAUGAUGGUUUGACACUCCUUUGA